GUUGCGGAAUUUAAUUUGCCAAAGCCUAAACUGUGAGCUACCUAGUGUACCCACACAGGGCAGUGAGAUGACAUACCCUGUUCUCUGCAUUGGCUACCCACGUUGCUAGUUCAUGUGCAGAAGGAAAGCAGCUGCCUCCAGGCUUGUACUCUCUCUCUCCUGUGUAGCUGCUGCUCAUGUUAACUGUGAGAAAAAACUUGGGAAGUGCUAUGACUAUCGGCAAAAAAGAUGCUGGUCUGAAAUGCUUUCUGGCUUGUGCGGACCUAAUAAAAAUAGAAAAUGCUGCAUGCCUUGCUCUGAUUCGUGUAAAAUGGAUGAGCACCUGUGGUUUCUGUUCUACGAUCGAGACUGUUUAAACCACAGAGGGAUAUGUCAGUAUAGGAGCAAUUAUUGUUCUGGUUCAUAUGCCAACUAUAGAUGCGGGGGACCUCGAACGCGCCACUGUUGUUUGCUACCUCGGCCGCAUGGGAAGUAAUGACUCCCUAAAGACAUACACCUGGCAGAGGAAGAGCCAAGAAUAUAAACUUAACUCUCAGCCUCUGGAUACCAGCAAUAGAUCACAUUCCCUCCCUUCCCCAAAAUAACUACCGUUUGCCUUAUUCAUGCUUCAGCAUUCUCCAUUUCUUGAAUUUCAUGUAAUUUGGUUUAACUACAUUAUUAGAGGGUUUCCUGUUUUUACAUUCAGCUGUGCUCCAGACUGUAACCCUGUGGCUUUUCCUGAUGUUAACUCUGAAGGUGUAUCAUAUCUAGGACGUAAAAUGAAAUAAACUUAUGUAACUGAGCAGGAAGUGUCCCAUUUUCUGGUGAGACACAGAAGAACAUUUCCUGGAACACUAAUAAGGUUCUAUUUGCUCACAACUUUUCCAAAAUAAGGUUGAUUACUCAGUGGUCACCUUGUGAAAUACACAAUUGUCCAACUAUCUGAUUUCCUUCCCAAAACUGAGGCGUGUGUUUGUCUUCAGGCCUGCCUAAGUAGCUUUACAGAUUACCUGGGAUUUUCUUCCCACCUUCCAUCCAAUUAUCUUUCUGAAAUCAGGAAUUUAGCUACAGACUGAUGAGGAAUGCAAAAAAAAUAUCUGCAAUUUGUCCUUGAAUUCUCCCCUUUUUUAUUUUUAAACCCAUUGUUGUUAAAAAUACUGCAGACAAGUUAAUUGCACUGCAGACUCCAAAACCACAUAAUUACUUUUGCUGAAGGUUUAGGUGUUUCCACAAUAUUUAUUAUCUGCCCUGCGGGGACGCCCCCAAGAGAAGGUUCUGUUCCAGCUGGUAUUUGGCUUUACAGAUUAAGUUCUCAACCAAGAGAACAGAUUCCUCUUAAAUUUCUCCAAUAAUGUUUGAUUGGCUGGGAACUUAGACACAACCUCUUUUGGAAUGCAUAAAUAGAAAGCAAAGUAUUUUAGACCCUUCACUUGAAACCACAACUCUGGUGACACAGACAAAGAUGCUCUUAGUCAGAGUAAUCAUUGUAGCUACCUUGAUUUCAUCUGUUGCUGCAGGACCAUGGGGACAGAUAUGUGCUGGGAAUCCUACGAACAAAGCAAGGGGCUGUGAUGGAUAUGGCUGUGGAUAUUAUACAGCUCCAAGAAAGGACGGUAGAAGAAAGCACCUAGGGGUGGAUGUUAUAUGCAGAGAUGGCUCAACAGUGUAUGCUCCUUUCAGUGGCAUGAUUGAGAGACGAAUUAACCCCCAUGGAGGGAGAAGUGUCAUUGAUAAUGGUGUCCAACUUCAUGGAUCAGGUUUCUGUGUCCAGAUGUUCUAUAUCAGGCCUGUUAAAUACAGAGGUCGGAUCAACAAGGGACAAACAAUUGGAGAAAUGAUGCCAAUGCAAAGAGUAUAUCCUGGUAUAACAUCUCAUGUUCAUGUCCAGAAAUGUAACCGCUUUAAUGUCACUCGCUACUUAUAAAUGGAAAUGUAUAUUAAAUGGAAAUGCACAAAAUCCCAAAUAAAAUCAUUUGAGCAAACAAAA